AUUAGAGAGACGAAAAGCACUUUGGUCGCUUUCCCUAAUAAACGCACUUCUUGUGUCAAAAUUUCAAUGAUCCAACAGCACUUUGUUUCUAUGAACUGUUUCUCAGAUAAAGCCAAACUUCUACUUGGCCAUUACUUCAAAUUAUUUCCUUGGUGUAGUUCUUUGUGAAUCAAAUUCGCGAAGAACAAAAAAUGGGAAAGGCUUUGGUUUUAGCAUUCUACAUAACCAUAUGCUGUGUUGCUUUUAUUAUAUCAAAGAUUGUUAUUUCAGUCCUCAUCUAUAAGCGCUGGAAGAAGAAGCACUUGGUGCAUGAAGAUGGCUUCUCUGGUGGGAAAAUGGUUUUGUUCGGGGCACCAACAAUGAAACCUCUGAAAACGGAUGUGUUCUUGAAGAAGACACUGAAGUUGAGCAACAAGGACAUCAUUGGUUCCGGAGGCUACGGGACGGUUUAUAAGCUGACAGUAAAUGACUCCACAGCCUUUGCUGUGAAAAGAUUGAGCAGAGGAAGUCCAGAUAGAGAUCGAGGCUUCGAGAGAGAGCUCGAAACAAUGGGGGACAUAAAACACCGCAACAUCGUCACCCUUCAUGGAUAUUACACUGCUCCAAACUAUAAUCUUCUCAUAUAUGAACUGAUGCCUAAUGGAAGUUUGGAUGCAGUCCUGCAUGGAAGAUCAACGGACAAGAUGCAUUUGGAUUGGCCUACCAGAUACAAAAUAGCAUUAGGUGCGGCAAGAGGAAUAUCGUACCUUCAUCACGAUUGCAUCCCUCACAUAAUCCACAGAGAUAUCAAAUCAAGCAACAUCUUGUUGGAUCAAAACAUGGAGGCUCGAGUGUCUGAUUUCGGAUUGGCCACCUUGAUGGAACCGGAUAAGACUCAUGUUUCAACACUUGUAGCUGGAACUUUCGGAUACCUAGCUCCUGAAUAUUUUGAUACGGGAAGAGCAACAGCGAAAGGCGAUGUUUACAGUUUUGGAGUGGUUUUACUAGAGCUUCUAACCGGAAAGAAACCUACGGAUGAAGCAUUCAUUGAGGAGGGAACAAAGCUUGUGACAUGGGUGAAGGCAGUUGUUCAAGACAGAAGGGAGGAGUAUGUACUUGACAGUAACUUAGGCUGCUGUUCGAUCGAUGAGAUUAACACUGUUUUUAGUAUUGCAUUAAUUUGCCUCGAACCGGAGCCUUCAAAGAGGCCUACCAUGGAUGAGGUUGUCAAGAUGCUUGAGCAGAUCAAAAAUAAAAAAUAACAAACUUGUAAAAGACACAUAAAUUUGUACACCUGUUUAUAC